AUGAAUUCAAAAACAAAAUUUAAUGCUUUAUUGUUUACGCCGUUGAGAUUACGUGACCUAACAUUGAAAAACAGGGUAUGUGUGAGUCCUAUGGGUCAGUGUUCUGCAUUGGAUGGUAUGCCUCAAGAUUUCCACCUUGCUCAUUAUGGAUCAUUUGCAUUGGGAGGCGUGGGAAUGGUUAUGGUUGAAGCCACUAACGUAGAAGAGAGGGGUCGGGCAACUCCUGGAUGUACUGGACUGUGGAAUGACACACAAACCGAUGGCUGGAAACGUGUAACUCAUUUAAUUAAGACUUUGGGUUCGGUUGCAGCCAUACAACUGGCACACGGAGGGCCUAAAGCCAGUUGUGUGCCCUUUUGGGAGGGCUACCAAUCAUUGGCCGAUGACAGGGGCGGGUGGCCUACCAUUGGUCCGACUGCCGUACCAUUUGGUGGACCCGUUUGGAAAGUACCACAGGAGGCCUCACAACACGAUAUCAAACAAAUAACCCUUUCGUGGAUAGAGUCGGCCAAACGAGCCGUUUGUGCAGGUUUUCAGGUCAUAGAACUGCAUUUUGCACAUGGUUAUUUAGUGAGUAGUUUUCUAUCGCCCAUAACUAAUCAUAGGUCAGACAAUUAUGGCGGUUGUCUCGAGAAUCGGAUGCGUUUUGGUUUGGAGAUCGCGCGGGGAGUACGCGAUGCUAUACCCGAUUGCAUUGCAUUAGGUGUGAGACUAUCCGUCACUGACUAUCACAAAGACGGCUGGGAUUUGAAGCAAAGCAUUGAAUUUGCGAAACAAUUAAAACAAAUUGGAAUCGAUUUCUUGGAUUGCAGUUCAGGAGGUGUUGUGCUGAACGCAGCCGAACACCCACUCAACACAAAUCGGGCACAAUUAGAGGCCUCAGCAAUCAUACAGCAAACUGUGGGUUUGGCCACAGCAGCAGUCGGUCAGAUCGUAGAUCCUCUUGUGGCAGAAGAUAUAUUGCAGAGUAAUGGAGCCUCACUUAUAAUGAUAGGUCGGGCACUUUUAAACAAUCCUCACUGGGCUUAUGAAGCGGCCGAUGCUUUAAACGCUAAUUAUAAUUCAUUUAAAUAUCACAAACAAUACGAGUGGUGUAUUGGAUGGACAGCCCGAGAAGCGCCGCGUUAUGGCAUGAAAGCAAUGGCUGCCGAUCCCGACCGAUGCGAUAUGAAUGAUCUGUCACUUCUGCCUCUCAUACCCAACUCAUUGGCUAUAUUUUGUGUGUCCACGUAUUGGGAGGGCGACCCCACCGACAAUGCUAUGGCUUUCUAUAACUGGCUAUUAAAAGGCGACACUCGUCUCAAUGGCGUUCGUUAUGCUGUCUUUGGUUUAGGAAACAGUUCUUACGAAUACUUCAACAAAAUGGGCAAAUAUGUAGACACGAGACUCGAAGAAUUGGGUGCAACGCGUAUACAUCCACUCGGAUUAGGAGAUACGGCUCAACACAUCGACAACUAUUUUAUCAAUUGGAAGAAAAACUUAUGGCAAUCG